AUGGUGCAAAUUCGUGAAAGUACUAAUAUCGCGAUGGAUUUUACAGAUGGUGGGGAAGAUGACGACAACGAUAUAAAAGUUAGUAAUUGUUGCUGUAUUCAAUGGCGUCAAAGGGUGGUGAAAAAAGACAGAGAGAUGAAGGAGAAGGGGAAUGCAUCAAAUAAAAGACAAAAAGGGGUCGACGGAGAGGCCGUAAAAAGGAGAACCGUUGCAUUGGUGAGGAAAUUAUUUAAUGAAAAAGAUAGAGAAAAACGGGAACAAAAUAUUGAGGCAAUUGCACAAAUGGUUGUCGCUAGAAAUGAUAAACAAUCACAAAUAAAUAGAUUAGCUGAAAUGGUUAAGAAAACAAAAACUUUAUAUAAAGAAAAACGUAGUUACAAUAUAGAGGAUCGCGACCUUAUAGAGUUAGCAGCACUUGUACAAUCACACCAAAAUGUUAGCGUUCCAAAAAAAGCUUUUUCGGUGCGUCAAAUAUGCACUCAUCAACGUUCGGUUAUACCGAAUAUAUAUUUGAUGUAAAUGUAGGUAGCAAUCAUAUGGGGAGUUUACCAGAUUUUUGGUGAAUUUACGACGUGUGUUUGAUUAUUUAAUAAAUACUAUGUUGUAUUAUGCUCAGACGAAUACGGAUAAGGCUAGAUUUUUUAUCUCGAAUGCCCCACGUACCCCUUUUUCUACAAGCGUAUUAACCGUAACGGAUUUUACAACCGAUAUGUUUUUUAAUAUUUUCGAGAAACACAUGCAAAGUAAUGCAGAAGAGAUUAUAAAUAAUGGCUGGAAUACAACCAUCAGUUUGUACAUUUUUCCAAAUAAUUAUGUUUCGCGUAAUAAAACGUCACGGGUAAAAAAGAAAACAAAACAAAAUAAAUUAUAUAAAUAUUUUGGUAAAAACACCACAGAGUCCGGUAGCGGUAAAAAAAAUAACCCGGCGUUAAAACAUGGUCGCGAAGUGCGUCACGGUGUUUUUCAAAUCGGUGUUUCAAAUGUUAAAAAUUGUUGUUUGGGUCUAGCGCUUCUAGUGGGUAAAUCUUAUCUGCACAACGAUUCUGACGCAUACAAACUGAAACGCAACAGUAACAUACCCCUAAGUAGUAUAUAUACAGACGACGCUAUUACAAAUGUGUAUACGGUCAGCCAAUUACCCGUGGGGUCACCCGUACGUAUUGAUCAAUUAUCCGACGUGUAUGAGAAAUAUUUGAAAUCCGACGGGAUAGAUUUGGUUGUUUUUUCUAAACAACAAGCCGACAGUAUUGUAUACGAUUCUCGAUUAGGUCCAGAUCAAUGUCUACACCGUGUUACAAACGAUGUUAUUUUUUUAUGGUUAAAUGAUGGCCAUUAUGAUUUAGUGACUUCGCCUUACACACUUGCACGCUUAAAUUUGGGAACGUUUUGUUUUUCCUGCAUGCGCUAUUUGCGUCGACAUGAACGAAAAAAUACACACGUGUGUAUCUUAAGUAUGACCUGUCAUCGUUGCUAUAGUAACACACGCAGGUGCGAACCCGUAUCCGGUUUUGUACAACAGUGUACGGAAUGCGAUGUUAUUUUUUACAAUCCAGAUUGUUUUACCAAACAUUUAACACAAAGAGUGUUUAAAACAUAUGUAAACGGUUCGUUAACAACUGAAACGACAUGUCAACGUUUUUUUUUCUGUGUCGUGUGUUAUAAAACGGUAUUGCGUAAAGCAAUUACAACCGGCAAAAAGUAUACAAAGCAUAAAUGUGACGAGAUGUUUUGCAUACACUGUAAUAAAAUGAAAAAGAAAGAUCAUCACUGCUAUAUUAAACCGGUUAAGGAGCAUAAAAAUGAAUCACGACCCACUUUGUAUUUCUACGAUUUUGAAACGCGCGUAGAUGAAGGUGAUAUCUAUAUGAUACCUUUUUAUUGCGUCGUACAAAAAGUAUGUGAUGUUUGUGACGAAAAACCGUUUGUGAAAAAUUAUGAACAUUUUCUACCGCAUCCUAGUGAGUCGUUUACCGAUAUUUCAAUUGAACCGGUACCCUGCUGCAGUUAUAGACAAUAUGUUUUUGAAAAAAACAAUGAUGAUAUUGUGGCGGAUCUGAUCGACUUCAUGAUGGCACAACCGAAGAAUAGUGUGUGGGUGGCGCAUAACGGCGGACGAUUUGAUAGUAUUUUUUUAAUGCGUGAAUUGUUAGUCCAUCGUAAACUCGUACCCACCGUGGUAAUGAACGGUAGUAAGGUUAUGUCCUUAGAAUUGCAAGAACGUAAUUUGAAAGUAAUUGACAGCUACCUAUUUCUUUCAAUGAGAUUGGCAAAAUUUCCCGAGGCUUUAGGGCUUGAAAACGUAACGAAAGGGUAUCACCCCUAUUUGUUUACAGAUUUGAAUUAUGUUGGCGACAUGGUCGGAUUAGAAUAUUUUGAACUACCCACAGAGGGUAGCGAGGAGCGGGAAGCUUUUGAUAAGUGGUAUAGACAACAACAAAGCAAACCGUACGUGUUUCGUGAGGCUAUCUAUUAUUAUUGCCGUAUGGAUGUGGAUAUUUUAAGACAGGGUUGUAUCAUAUUCUCCAGACUUAUCUAUCGAAUUACGGGUGUAUUACCCUUUUAUGACCGCACAUGUAAUACUGUGGCGGGUUUAGCUUUAAAAAUAUAUCGCAAAAAUUUUUUAAAAGAAGAACAAAUUGGACAGGUUCCCGCAUGUGGUUACAGCGGUGUAAAUAUUAACCAAAGCGCAAUUGCUUUAUGUUGGCUAAAAGAUAUUGAAACUAUGUUAGAUGAAAACGAUCUAAGAUUGUGUAGUAAGCUUAGUGUCGGUGGUGAGCGUCGUAUAAUGAAUCAUUAUGUUGACGGGUAUUGUGAAGAGACCAAAACAAUUUAUCAGUUUCACGGUUGUUUUUAUCACGGUUGCGAACGUUGUUAUGAUGGCGAAUGUUACAACAGUGUUUUAUGUACAAAAUUUUACACACUUUUGGGUAGUACGCAACGUUUAUCGCGAAUGUUUCGACAAGCGGGAUAUAUCGUUGUUGAGAAAUGGGAAUGUGAUUACCGUAACGAUGUUGACAUGACCCCCUAUCGUUUAAAGCAAUUACGUCUAACAACGUUUUUUGAAUUCAUACAUUUGGAACCGCGUGAUGCGUUGUUUGGUGGUCGUACAUCUCCCGCCACAUUAUAUUAUGAUAUGAAGCAUACUGGUUUACCAGCCAUGUAUUUCGAUGUAUGCUCUCUUUAUCCGUAUGUGCAGAAAAAAUUUCAAUAUCCAACACAACAUCCGGUCAUUCUUAAAGGUCGUGCAUGUCAAAAUAUCGACAUAGACCAAGUGUUUGGUUUAAUUAAGUGUAAAAUUUUACCACCCACACACUUACUGUUUCCUGUGUUACUGUUUCGUUCGGCGAAAUUAACAUUUCCCUUGUGCCGCACAUGCGUACAACGUCAACAAAGUGAGACAUGUCAGCACGAUGAUGAGCAACGUGCAUUAUACGGUACAUGGACUAGUGUGGAAAUCCAAAAAGCUGUACAAUUAGAUUAUCGCAUUUUAAUUGUUUAUGAAAUUUAUCAUUAUCAAAAACGCGAAAAAAUAUUCGAUCAAUAUGUAAAUACGUUUAUAAAGCUUAAACAAGAAAGUAGCGGGGUGCCAAAAAAAUGUCUAGACCAAAACGGUUCGGUGGUGAAAGAAAAAUUACAAAAAUAUAUUGACGAUUAUAUGAAACAUGAGGGCGUUGUUUUGGACGCAAGUAAAAUGUCGUACAAUGUGGGUCAGAGAACGGUAAUGAAAGCUUUAUUGAAUUCUUUGUGGGGUAAAUUGGCCCAAAACGAAGAUGUUACGGUCGUGUCGUUCUUAGAAGACAUGGACGCUUUGUUAGAAUUAGUAAAUGAUCGUACGGUAGAAGUAACCUCUUUAGAUUUCAUAAGCGACAAUAUUGCGCGAACGACACAUCGGAAAACGACAAGCCUAACACCGUUACGCAAUCGUAAUGUGAUUAUUGCGUCAUUUGUCACAGCGUAUGCACGUUUAGAAUUACUAGAGUAUUUACUUAAAUUAGGCGAAAAUGUUUUGUACUAUGAUACAGAUUCGGUGAUUUUUAUAGAGGAUCGUGCAAACGGUAAAUUUCUUGAAACCGGUGAAUAUUUGGGUCAAAUGACCGACCAAUUAAUUGAAAAAAAAAACCAGCGCAAAAUGGAUUCAGCAAUUUUGUUCGGCCGGACCAAAAUCCUAUUCCUAUCGCACGAAUACCUAUACACGUUACAAUGACGACGGCAGCGAAAGCAAACAACAAGAUGAGGUUGUGCAUGUUAAAGGCUUUGCGUUAAAAGGACCUGUCAAAAAAUUAUUAACAUUCGACAGUAUUCGGGAGUGUGUAGAAGAUCCCACCAAAGAAAUUGAAAUUACUUAUCGGGAAUUUAUGCGUGAAAAUACGCAGAGUAUUUCGGUACAACAAAAUACAAAAACAUUUAAAUUUACCUUCGAUAAGCGGGUUGUGCAUGAAAAUUUUACAACGACACCUUUUGGUUAUCGGUAAUGAUUUUUUUAUACUUUUUUAGAAAAACAAAACAAAUCAACAUUGUAUGCACAAUGUAACAAUACCCCUUCAACAUCCCUUCGUGAUGACAAUAUGCGGGCCCACACAAUCGGGUAAAACACAUCUAAUGGUUGACAUAAUAAAAAACAUUGACGAACUGAUUGUACCAACACCAGACAAACUACUUUACUUAUACACUGCUGAACAACCAAUAUAUGGGGAAAUUACGGAUUAUGUGGCUGCGAAACAUGAAACAUCUGCACUUAAACGAUGUGAGUUCUACGACUGUGCACGAUUGGGUAUACCCACGAUAGAGGAUAUAAGACCGUUGUUGGGUGAACGUACCCUACUUGUUCUCGAUGACCUAAUGAUCUUAGCAAUGUCAACUAAGGAGGGUACUGAAAAUUUGAACAAUUUAGCGACACGUGAUAGCCAUCAUUUAAAUCUCUCUAUAUUUUUUGUGUGUCAAACUUUAAAUUAUGGUAAUGGAAAAUUACGAAGUAUGCGUGUGAAUAGCAUGUAUCAUCUUCUUUUUAAUAAUUACACCGAUACUCGAGAUAUCGAAUUGAUAGCGCGAAAUAAGGGCAUCCGUCUACAGACAAUACGCAAAAUAUUGGCGGAUGUGGGUAAAAAACAAUACGGUUAUGUGUUGUUUGACGGAUGUCCUCACGCGCCCGCCAAUGCACGUGUUCGAACGGGUAUAUUGCCCAAUGAAUGUACAAUAAUUUACAAUACAGAAAAACAAUUUGUAUAA